AAAAGAAAAGCAAUCAAAUUGUCAGGCCACAGAAGCAAGCAGCUUUAUCUUGUUUUUCUUUUUACGAGCUCUCUUCCAACCGCUUUCAUGGUAAUGAUUCGUUCUAUUGCCAAUAUUUCUGAAAUCUUCUCUCUCCUCCCUCCCUCUCUCUCUUAGUUCCAUUUCUCAGAACCCCAAAACCAAAACAAAACAAAACCUUGAAAACCUCAUAACGAGGAAGCUUUAAAAAUCUUUUUCAUUUUCCCUCUCUCUUUGUUUAUGUAGAAUCUUUGUUUUUUCUCAGACGUGGUGCAGAAAGUUGUCUGUCUCAGAUCCCAAUAUACGGCUCUCGGCAUCUUUCUUACACCAUUAACGAUUUUAAACUGUACUCAAAGCCUAUAUCAAGCACUUUCUCUCUCUACACUGUUAUACACCAUAACGGCAUAGAAUCCCGUUCUCAAAACUCAAGGGUUUUCUACUCUCUCUGUGGUCCUCGAACCAAGCUCUAAAUUACCCUUUAUAAUUCUCCUCUUUCUCUACAAAACCCAUCUCUCAGAAUUUCCAACAGAUUUGGAUCGAGUCGUCGAGAAAUGCAAGAAUCCGGGUUGGGGAUGAUGGGUGGUGGCGGCAUCGACGGUCAUCAUGACCAGCAUAACAGGCAGCUCAAGGCUGAGAUAGCCACACACCCUCUCUACGAGCAGCUCCUAUCUGCUCACGUGUCCUGUCUUCGGGUGGCGACGCCAAUCGAUCAGUUGCCGCUCAUAGACGCUCAGCUGUCUCAGUCGCACCACCUCCUGCGCUCUUACGCUUCUCAGCAGCAACAUGGCCACUCAGUCUCCCCACACGAGCGCCAAGAGCUUGACAACUUUUUGGCACAAUAUCUGAUAGUUUUGUGCUCUUUCAAAGAACAACUUCAACAACAUGUCAGAGUCCAUGCGGUUGAAGCUGUCAUGGCCUGCCGUGAAAUCGAAAGCAACUUGCAGGCUCUCACUGGAGUAAGUCUGGGUGAAGGUUCGGGUGCAACAAUGUCCGACGAUGAGGAUGACAUGCAGAUGGAUUUCCCUAUGGAUCAAUCCGGUGCCGAAGGGCAUGACAUGAUGGGAUUUGGCCCUCUACUCCCAACCGAAUCUGAGCGAUCACUAAUGGAAAGAGUUCGACAAGAAUUGAAAAUUGAGCUGAAGCAGGGUUUUAAGUCAAGAAUUGAAGAUGUAAGAGAGGAGAUUUUGAGAAAAAGAAGGGCAGGCAAAUUACCUGGGGACACAACUACAGUGUUGAAGAAUUGGUGGCAGCAGCAUUCCAAGUGGCCCUACCCAACUGAAGAUGACAAGGCAAAGCUUGUGGAGGAGACAGGGUUGCAGCUAAAGCAGAUAAACAAUUGGUUCAUCAAUCAAAGGAAGCGCAACUGGCACAGCAACUCUCAAUCAGUCACCUCCUUGAAGUCCAAGCGCAAACGAUAGAUGACAAACCAUAACAACCGUUGGAUCUUGUUUGAUAAUCAGAGAAACUGAUGAACUCACUUCUGUGUCUGAUGAUAUAUAUGGCUGUUGAAUUGUGUGGCAUUGGGGAAGUAUGUAUAGUCUAAUUAGCCAACACUUUUCAAACAGAAAUUAAGUAACAAAUGGCCAACUAAUUACAUGUAAAACGUUGUAUAAAUUCUUGUUUUCGAUCGGCUGGGUAACGAUCCUUCAUCUUUAUGUACUAUAUUUCAUUUAA